AUGGUGUUUCGCGUCGUGGAAUUCUGCGGAGGCGCUGCUAGCCGCAUGUUAUCUGCGUCUAUGCAUGGUAUCCAGCUUUCUGACACGCCGAGGACGACUGCAACAGUCUCCAGUGGGUUUGCAGAUGACGAUGAUAACGAAGACGGUCCAAUGACUCCGCCUACAUCGACCAUCGACCCAUCUAUCUACGCGUACAUGCGUCUAGCGUCAGCGUUUAUGCACGAGCUUAAUACCCCGGACUCAGCUCGCUGCGCGGUAGAGCUCGCGAACGCGGCUGCCGGUAAGCCGGUCGGUGCUAGUGUCAUGGCUGUGGGCGCUGUAGUCAAGGAAAUGGUGGUUAAUGACCCAGAAUGCGUAGCCUAUGCUCUAGGAAUGGCGGACGUUGACGUGGACACAGAUUCGGAACUUGUCAAAGUUUUAAAUGCCAUGCUAGUCUAA